UCUUUAGAAGAUCUCAUAAGAAGUGCAUUAAAAUCACAAAAUUUAUCAAAUACUUCAAAUGUUAAACAGUCCGCAUCUAUGGAAAUGGAUCAUCUACUUAGUACAGCGUCAUCAGAACAAACAUCAGAUACGCAUGUCCAUGUAAUUAAUCAUACGAAAGCACACUCUGUCAACUCAUCAUCUGAUUCGAAUAUACAUCUGCAUGAAAGGAUUACAUCACAACCUAUAAACAUUUCUACUACGCGCCAAUCAUCAUCAUCGUCCUCUGUGAAUCCAGCAUAUGCCUCUCUCUUAGCUGCACGAAGAUUUCUUCCUAAUAAUAUAUCCAUCGGUCUACCGAGUUCAUUGUCCUCUAUCAAUUUGAAUACAUUUCUACGUUACCCCCUAGAUAAUUCAUCAUUAUGGCAUAAUAGUAUAUCAUUAUUUCGUUCACUACCUGAAGAUAUCAGCCGAAUGAUGAGUACUGCUAGUUCUCCGCCAGAUCCUGAAGUUCAACAAUUUUUACGUGAUCUAUUAGAUUUUUUUACUCACUUAGGCAAUUUCUCUCCAAUUCUUGACUCUCGACUUGUUCUACCAGUUGCUGCUGAAUGUGAUGCCUAUGUACCACGGCAUGGUGUAUGCUCGCUGACAAAAAUCUAUCCAAAUGCUGAAAUCCGGAUAUUACCUCAAUCCGGUCAUGUUGGUGCUUAUGUACGCAAUGCUAUUUGGACAAAUGAUUUUAGGCAAGCAAUUACUGAUUGUUUAAAUCGUCAAGUGCAUUUAUAUCAUGAUGAACCUGGGCCAUUUGGUCGAAAUAAAAAAUCUGCAUUGAAUAAUAAUAAUAAUGCUACUAAUAAUAAUAGUAAUAGUAAUACUAUUAACAACAGUGAUAACAUUAUACAGGCUACUGAUCGUUCCAAGGGUUAAUUGAUUAGAAACAUCAUUGUUUUAUUUCACUUUUAUUGUAAUAAUAAAUACAUUUUUUCUUUAAAAAUCUAUCAUAUCAGUUGAUAACAGUAAAUGCUCCUGUCUUCGUCCUCUUGUUCUGUUGGUAGGCGGUAGUCAUUCACUCAUAUACAUACAUAUAUACAUAUAAUGUGCAAAUUUGUAUUAUUUCUAUCCAUAUAUUGUACUUCUACUACUAAUUAUUUCUUCCGUAUUGAGGUGUAUUUAGUUUACUUUUCUCCUUUUCACGUCCAUCACAUCCCACGCCAACCCAUCCGGCUUUGUUCCGCUCUGCUCCGCUCCUCUCGACUCGACCUUACCUCACUUACCAAAUCCAACCCCCGCCCGCGCCGCUGGCCCCAACUGUGUUUGUGACUACUGGUUUUUAAUGUCUCUUCCCUUUUUCUUCUUCUCUCCGUGUUUUUUCUUUUGUUCUUUAAUUUUCAACUUUCCCCUUUUUCGUUCACUGUAAUAAGUUGUGUUACAAUAUGCUUUUUGUUAUGAUAUGUAGUACUUGUGUGUGUGUGGUUGUUUGGGAACCGGUUGUUGCGUGUAUGUAGACAUUUACUU